CAGAGUCUCCUUUCAAAACAAACGGCUUCCCGGAGGCACGGAAGUAGUUACUCGCCCCUGCUUCCUGCAUCAUGGUCAUUAGUUAUAUCAUGAAGUGAUCUCGUGCAGGCGUAUGGAGCACAAAGGUCCAUACAGCACCAUGUCACAGCCCUCUUCAGACAAGAGUAGAGAUCCUUACCACUCAUCAUAUUCUGAUCACCAGGAUAUGAUGUUGAGUGAGGAUGAGGAGGAGAGUGCCACCCUAGCCGAGCCCAUGACCCUGGAGGGGGCCAAGCAGCUGGCACAGACCUCGGUGGUGGUGCCGGCAACCACCCCCACUCCACCAGCAACCUCCCUCGCCUCCGUCUCCCCUCCACCGCACCCUCUUGUCGCCCCCCUCACCUCUCCUCACCACUCCACACAUCACCAUCCUCACCACCACCACUUGACAUCCCCUCCACCACCCCACCAUCAUCACCACCACCUGACCUCGCCACCUCCGCCACCACACCAUCAUCUCACGUCCCCACCGCCACACCACCACCCACACCUCACCCCCCCGCUUCCCCACCACCACCACCACCACCACAUCUGGGGGACGCCAUCCGUCACACACGAGGAGGAGGAGGAGGAAGAGGAGCCGCAGGACUUGCCGUCAACAGUGGACAUCCAGGCCAUCAGAGAUUCUCCGUCCCCCGACCACUCCAAGGGGCAGCUGGUCACCAUCAACGAGAACUGGGACAGCGUGGAGGACCAGGAGCAGGGAGAGGAGGAAUCCGAGGCCUAUGAGUCUGACACUGAUGGCUCGGACACUGACGGCUCGGACUCCCGCCUCAGCUCAAGGUCGCGCUCUGCCUCCCGGGACAGCAUUAAGUCUCGGUCGGCAUCGCGCUCCCUCUCGCCUUCCAACUCCAAGUCUGACAGCGGGAGUCAGGACUCUGAGUCGGACAGCUCGGACUGGAGUGACAGCAGCUCCUCGGCCUCGGACGACGAGAGGAAGAAGGAGUAUGAGGAUGGAGACUCCAGCCCCAUGAACAAGCCACUGCCACGGAGGAAGCCACAGCUCACCGCCGCCAAGCUGACCCUGAGUGAUGGGUACCGGCGGGGCCCCCGGGAUGAUGGCAGUGGCACCUACAGUCCCGGGGGCAUGGGGAUGGGGGGGCGAGCAUCCCCCUCACUGAAGUCAUCCUCCUCAUCAGUGCCUCAUAUGCUAGACAAACACAAAACGUCACAGUCGUUCUCGUCUCCAUCUGUCGAUAACAUAAUCAGUGUUGGGUUUGGGGUCGGGAAAACCACAAAGCCUCCCACCCCUGCGCCGACAGCUCCGGUGAUGAUAAAGAGCAGCAGCGGCAAGUCCAGCAUCUUCAGUGACGAGAGCGAGGGCAGUGAUGCGGAGAAGGGCGGAACUGUAAAUACUGCUAAGUCUGUACAGUUGUCUAAGGUUGAAGAAAAACAAAUACUCCCAGUGCCAUUACCUAAGGGGCCAGCCACACCCUCCCCUGCCAAAAAUGAAGUGCCAGAGAGCAGCCCAAGCCCCUGCUCCAAGGAGAGCAGUGCCAGGGACAGCAGUUGUGGGGAGAAGAGUGCCAGUGAUGAUGUUAAGUUCAAUGACAGAGAGUCAGAGGAGGGCCCUCCCAAGGCUAAAUCCUGUAGUGUUGUGGAGGCCAAGCCAUUGGUUCCCCUGCCAAACCUUAAGGUGGAGGAGGGCAAGGCAAUACCCUUCCAGCCCUACAGGCGGAACAGCCCGUCCCCCCCAGAGAAGAAGUGUGAGGUGGUCCCCAAGUGGGAUGAGCUGGACAAGGGGGACGAGAGCAAGGGCUCCACCACGUCCGUCACUGGGCUGGUGGAGCGUCGGCGUGAGAAGGAAAUGGAGCUGAACAGAGAGUUUGACCGCUUACUCUUCAGCACCAAAACAUUGACCCUGAAGCAGGGUGACCAGCAGCAGCAGCCCAGGACACCACUGGGGGCUGCUGAGGCGGGGAAGGCUGGCGACACUUCCCCAAGCGACACUGCCAAACCCAGUAAGGUGUAUGAGUCUCCGCGGGCCAGUAAGGUGUACCCGAGUGCCUCCCCCCAGGCCAGUAGCAGGCAGUCCAGUAAAGCCUGCACCACUGGCAAGACUGAAGUGCCUGCCAGCACCGCGAGUCAGCCCACACAGCCACCCGUGACGGAGGCUGUGUGUGAGGAUGUGAAGGACAUAAAUACUCAUGAUAAGAAUAAGACUAAGCAGGAAGCGCCAAGUUGGCCAGACAGACAGAAAGAGACUGUAAAGAGUGAUGAUAAGUGUAAGGAUUCUCUUGAAACUAAUUGUAAAAGUGAACCUCAAAAAGGGCAUGCCAGUGAGGUUUCCUUAGACAGGACCAGUAACAAGGAGGUUGUGACAGAGCAGAAGUUUUGUAAAGAUUCCAUGUUUGAUAAUUUGCCAAGUAGGGACGCCGUCAGUGCAAGGAAUGCCAGUGAUGAUUAUCGCGUUGGGAAAAAGGGAAACAAAGACCCAGAGCUGGAAAAGAAUUCACCAGUAGAAAAGCACAGUAAUAGAACACAGAAUAAAGAUCAGUCUGAGGAACAGUCUGAGGAAAAAAGCUCAAGGAAUGAGAUAUCAUUUGACUCUACGUUGACCAAGAAUGUACCAGAAAAGAAAACUAAGGAUAUCACCUUUGAAAAGAGAGUUAAUGAAGAUGGGAAUGAUCGGAAGAAGACUAGCACAAGUGUGAAGGUAGAGUCAAAGUCUGCCAAAGACCCAGAAUAUGACAACACCAUAAAUAAGGAGGUGGAUGUGAUGACCAAACUUGUGAGCAACCAUUCCAAAGAUCACUCCGACAAGAAAUGCAAACGGGACUCAAACAACACCCACAAAAGUGCCAGAAGUGAAGCAGCUGAAAAAUCCAAGCAAAACAGAAGUUCAUCCUCUGACAGAAGAAACAACAGAGACACAUCAGCUGACAGGAAGCAUAUCAGGGAGUCCCCUCCAGAAAAGAAAGUGAAGGAUGUCCCAGAGGAUGUCCACGACCGUUCCGACACCCACGAGAGCACAUCUGACAACACCCCCAAGGCUAGCAAACACAAUAGCAGUGAAGUUCCUGAUGACAAGAAGCCGUACCGGGACAUGCCGUACAUCAGCUGCAGUCCCAAGGCGAAAGGGUCGGAGCGGAGGCCAAUCAAGAACACCACGCCGGAGAAGAAGGCUGGGAAGAGCUCACUGCCGGAGAGGAAAGGUGGGAAGGAGACGGGUCCAGAACGUAAGCUUGACCUGUUUCCUGAGCACCACAAGGACGCGGCGGCACAGGUGAAGAAACCCGUCAAGGAGGCCAGUCCAGAGAAAAAGCCAAGCAAGAAUCUGCCACCUGACAAGAAGAUACAUGAGCCGAGUAAUAACAAAAAGCAGAGCAAGUCGGACUCAAAGGAGAAGAAACAAAAGACUGAAGAAAACCUCAGCAGAAAGCACAGCAAGGAGACUCACGGGGACAGAAAACCUCACAAGGAUUCUUCAGUAGAGCGACCAAGCAACAAAGAUGUCACACAGAAGACUGGCAGUAGUGAAGGCAGCCGAGAGAGCAAGCCAGAGAGGGAGCCGGGCAGCGAGGGGAGCCGAGACCACCACACCCAGAAGCCAAGCAAGGAUCACAGUCCCAGCAAGAGGACCAGCAAGGAGCAGAGCACGGAGAGACAGCACAGGGAGAGCCCACCUGAGAAGUCAUCAAACAGGGACGCCAGUGCUGAGAGGAGAAUGAAGAAGGAUCCGGCUAAUGCAGAGAAACACAGGAGGGACCACUCGUCUGAUAGGAACCAGACCAAAGACUCCAGUGCCUUCAAGAGGUACAACCAUGAAGCAGAGUGUGAGAGGAUGCCUUCUCUUACGUUAUCCGGGGACAAGAAAUCACCCUCCCUAAAGAAACGGCAUCUCAAGGACCUGGAUUUCCUGAAGAAGAUAGCCCGAGACCACAGCUUGGAGGCUUCAUACGCUGUCAACAACUUUCUCCACAAAAUGUCCAACUCCAAGAAGCAGUCCAUCAGAGACCAGAACAGGAGGAAGAAGACCAAGGUGAGGGACCGGAGUGGUGAGAGGUCCCACGAGAAGGGUGUUUCCACUCCUGAGAGGUUCCCUGCCUCCGAGAACAGCCUGAAGAAGGAGUCUGGGAAUGAUGCAACAUCCCCGCGUGAGGUGCUAACCAAGAACAAGGUGAGCAGCGACAGGUGGGAUGAGUACAGCGAUGGCUCAAAGUUCCACAAGGCCAAAAAACUGCUCACCGAGAAGAACGGCGACGCAGUGAUGGGGCCAAGGCCACUAACAAAGGUCCCCGUCAGCCCCUCAGAAUCCCCAAAGUUCAAGCUGAAGAACAAGUCAAGCCAUGCGGAUGAUUCAAUACUCAACUCCUCCUCUUCCUCCACUAGCUCCUCCUUGUUCUCCUCGCCGUCUCCUGGCAAGAGCACCAAGGAGGGGGGUAUGAGGGUGGAUAACCACUCACCCUCAUCUGGGAGAGACAAGUCUGAGGCCCAUGAAAAGGGUGAUCCUCUCAAGAGCCCGGGCGACAAGAAUCCGUGCAUCCGUCCAACCAUAGCGGACACGGUGAAGGGUCGUGAGCGGCGGAAGAGCACGGACACGGACCGGUACAGUGGUGGAGAGAAGGGGAAGCGUGGAGACAUGUACCGGGACGAGACAUCAACGGACAGUGAGACCUCCGAGGAGUUGAACGAGAAGGUUGAUCUGGACACUGAACAGACGCAAACCUUCUCCGUCAGCGAAAGCAACUUCAAUCAGGGCCGGCUCACCAUGAAGAUAGCGGCGAUGAAGAUGGCAAAGUUUGGGAGGACAGGGCUGAGGGAGGUGACCGGCGGCGUGCUCCCAACCCGGUCUGACCUCCCGCCCGUCCAGCGCAGGGAGAGCAGCAGCAUGAGCAUGUCCUUCAGCCCCUUCAGGAGGCCUCGGCUGCUUGCCCAGAAGUCCCAGGGCAGUAGUGGUGGUGCUGGCGGAGCUGGUGGUGCUAGUAACUCAGCCUCCGAGACCCACAAGGUGAAGACAGCCGCCGAACGCAAGACCUACACUGACGCCCUCCCGCCCCCGAAUGGCUCCGUCCGUGCCAUCAACUCCAAGGUUCAUCGCAAAAAGGUGAGGCCCAGCGACAGGUGUACAUGUGUGCGUGUGUGGAGACGCGGAUAUGGCGGUGGUGUGAAGGGAGACAUGAGGGUACCAGUGGCGUCGGUGUACCGCACGGGCGGUGUGGGCGGCCUGGUGGGGUGCGUCGGCGUGGCGGCCUCGGCGCCCACCGUACACCACCACCACAUCGACCACGACGAGGAGCAAAUCUCACGCCUGGCACACCACCUCUCGCAGAUCUCCAGUGACCAUGAGGGCCUCCAGGUGCUGGACCAGGAGGACUUGGCCGCCCUGCUGCCCGAUGUAAGCAGCGGUGGCCACCAGGAUGGCUCCUCCGUGUCCCUGGAUGGCUUCACCGAUGACGUGGUGGUGUCCCGUGGCGGCUCAGACACCGAGGGAGAGGAGCCUACCACCGCUGCUGCAGACGCUGCUGCCGCUGCUGCUGCUGCUGCUGCUGCUGCCGCUGCUGGAGAGGAAGAUGAUGACCUGCCAGAUGUCAUUGUACAUGAGGCCAUCAACUCCAUGGCCAUGGUUGGCGAGGAGGCCCUCAAGUUCAAUACGGUGCUCAUGGACGACCUCGAUGACGUGGAUGGCCGAGGCCGUGCCCGCCAGCAGCAGCAGCAGCAACAGCAACAGCAGCAUCAACAGCAGCAGCAGCAGCAGAGCCAGGCCAGGCUAGGCCAGCAGCAACAGCAGCUGCAACAACAGCAACAGCAACAGAGAGCAGCCAGGAGUCCCAGGGCUGAGUCUGGGUCGAGGGGCCGUGAGGACCUAACCUUUGGGGACAAAAAGAAGCGAGGGAGGCAGUCUCGACCUCUGCCGGGGAAGGAUCCCCACCCAGAGGAAGAGCCAGACCCGCCCUCCAUGCCGGAGCUGGAGAGCUACGUUCCCCUGGACUGCAACGUGUCCAACGUGUCCCCGGACAGCGGCAUUCAGUCAGUGAAUGGCUCUCCCCUGCACCACAUCGGGUCUCCGCCGCACCACCACUCGCCUCUCUACAGUGCCGGCAAGACUGGCGAUGGCUCUGGGGGACACACCCGGCCCUACUCCCCCACCUAUGUCUCUCAGGACUCCCCGCCACCCCCCACACUGUUGCCAGCCGUCACACCCCCACACUUGCUGGGCUCACCCCAGUAUGAAUAUGACGACCCCCCGCACUCGCCCCAGAUGCCUGCCCUCAAGUGCCAGGUGGACCCCCCACCUGUCCUGCAUGCUGACACUGCCAAGCGCACCAGCCUGGAGGAGCAGGGAACCCUCAAGAAGCGAGGGCCGGGCAGACCAAAGAAAGAUCCAGACAUGCCCAAGAGACCACGAGGCAGACCCAAAGGAUCAAAAAAUAAGAAACCAAAGAAGAUGGACGGACAGCCGGUUGCCGCAGACUUCAAGGAUGACUUGCACAAGUUAGUGAGAGAAGUGGACAAUAAUGUUGCGUGCUGUAAGAGUGAGCAAGGAGCCGACGUGCCGGCGGCCAGUGCGAUGGACGCGUGUAGUGAUAGCAAAUGGAACAAUGAUGUGGACAGUGAGGACCUCCCUCCGCCGCCAGAGCCCAUCCCUCCCCUGAGGCGAGGGCCAGGCAGACAAAAGAUCCCUCCAGUGUUAGAGCCCAGUGUACCCCUCCAGGAACCACAACUAAACAAAGUACAAAGUGAGCACAAAGCUGAGUCUUGUGCAGAAAAAAGUGCCAAUCCUUCUAGUGCCAACCCUGACGUGCAGACACCAGGUUUUGAACCAUCCAACAACUCCAUGAAGUAUAAUAGAAAAAUUGGAGACCAGGGAUUCAAGGGAAAGAGGCCCGUGGGGCGGCCGAGGAAGUACCCCAAGAGAGAGGACGUCAACUCCGCCGGCAACAACCUCCCGGCCACGGCGGCCAGUAAGAAGUGUUUCAGCGAGAGGAUCAUGCACAAAAUCAUCAACGAAAAAGUACGCAACAGUGAGAAGUCAGACAAAUUAUCUGGCCGAGUUGACGAUCACGAGGGAUCUGUGGAGACCUUCGGUGAUCCGUACACCUUCCUUGACCUACCCUUCGCCAACGCACAGGACUCUGAGAGAAGGCACCGCAAGCGCCACUCAAAGCUAAAGUUCACGUCUGACGGCCUGCCAUUUGAGGGGAAGAAGAAGCGGGGCAGGAAAAAGGAGUUGCCUGCCAUCUUUGAAAAGGUCUACCGCAACCAGGAUAUGAAGGGCAAGAUCAAGAGUGAGAACGGGCGGCCCGCCUUCUGCCCCGCCACGCUGGCCUUCAAACAGAUGCACAAGAAGAAGAAAAAGAAACCGAAGCACUUCAAGAGCAAGCACAAGAACAUUGUGGACCCCGUGUUCCUUGCCGACCUGGAGGACCUGACGCGGGGGGUCCAGCAGUGCUCCAUCUCCAAGGCGCCCAUCCUCAUACAGUCCAAACCCGGUGAAAUCCUCCUGCCCUCCAUUUUCCGGCUGAGGAAGGUGUCGCUGGCAGCCAAGAAGAGGCGGGGCAGCGAGAAGACGAGGACCAGUGACCGUGAGUCUGGCACGGAGGGAGAGAGUGGCAAGGAGAAGGCGUCAGGGAAGAGGAAGAAGAAGCUGCAGGAGGUUCCAAAACAGGGUCGGGAGCGGACGGAGGCCAACGAGCAGCGUCUGCCCCUCAAGAAGCGUCACCGCCACAUCUCUACGGCUGUGCCCGCCACGCCUGAGCCGCCCAAGAUGGACAAUGUGAAAAGUGAGCUCAGUUUGACAAAAGCCAGUGAGAAGGCAAACUGUGAUAAAGAACCGAGAAUUGAAAAGGAGGACAAGGACAGGUUAGCUAAGAUUGACCCCAGACCAGAAAAACUCUCUGUUCCAAAGACCUCCAAUAUGAUCGCUGAGACCCCAAAGCCAGUGAAGCCAGACACUAAGGUUGUCAAACAAAGCAGUGAGGAUCUCCCCAAGAAAUCUGAGGAUUCUCUGGUGCCCAACAAUGUGACGGCCAAAAAGUGCGAGGUGGCAAACUCGGUGGCGAAAAAGUGUGAGGUCAACACUUCCAUGGUGGCAAAGAAGUGUGAACUGACUACCAGCGUUGCCAAGAAAUAUGAUCUCAGCACCAGUGUCACCAAGAAGUAUGAGCUCAGCACCAAUGUCGCCAAAAAGUAUGAGCUCAGCACCAGUGUUGCCAAGAAGUAUGAGGAACCUGUCUCCAAGAGGACAGAGGAAAUGUCAGUACCUGAUAUAGUUGUAAAGAGUGCCGCCGCCCCGGAGGAGAGCCAGGCGAUACCCGUGCCAUGUGUGCCUGAAGCAGUGGUGAGCAAGGUGGCGGAGAAGCCCGAGCCUGCGAUGCGGGCUGACAGGGAACUCGCCUCCACCUCCACCCGCACCACCACAACCACCACCACCACAACCACCACACCCAAGAAGAGGCACAGACUGGAGGUGGAGCUGAGCCACACGCCGGCCACUGCCACAAGGGCCACCUCGGGGCUGGUCAAAGGCAAGGUGGAGAAGGAGGUCCCCAAGAGCAAGGAAAAAGAAGCGUCCAUCAGAGUGCCAGUGAACAAGUCCCCCAAAGCUACCAAAGAGCUGGCCUUGAAGGAGACCAGUCACGUGCUGCUACCUAAGGAAGAGUCCACUUGUGAUAACAGUCCCAAAGUGUGUGUUGUGGAGAAAAAGGAGGAGAAGGAGGAGAAGGUCGAGGAGAAACCCAGUAGUGAUAAUGGUGCUGAUAAGUCCCAGGAAACAGUGGAGCCUUAUGUUCCGAGCUCAGAGUCGGUGCCUGAAGCUGAGCUGCCCAAGGAAAGCUCUGGGACGCACUCUGACAGUGACAUCCCCAGUGAGCACGAGCCACUCUAUGACAGUGACCAGAGUGGUUUCUCCUCCGACAAAGAGGGUCCCAUCGAGGUGCCCGUAAAAGUGCCUCAGAAGAGACUGAAAAAGAAGAGGGAGUUGAGGUCGCCCAUUCCCAAGGUCACGGACAAACGCGUGCCUGCUGAGGUCACGGGCGACAAUGAGCCUCCCCCUUCAAAGAAAAAGAAAAAACUGAAGCGAAGAAAAAGAAAUCGCACAGGAUUCCCCACCAUAAGGAAGAAGAAGCGAAAGACCAAAGACCUAGCUGACCAGAAGGAAAAUUACCAUGAAGAAAAACCCAUCAGUGAACCCUGUGAUGGCAAGGAGCCCAUGGACACCUCGCAGGCUCCAGCAGCGACAAACCCUUCAGGCAUGGAGGUGAGCAGUGCCAGCAGUAGUGCAGCAGUGGCAGCCCCUCCACAGCCAGGAGACAGUAGUGCCCAACCCAAACCCAGUGCCAUGGUAGUGAACCCUGCCAAGGAGAGUGUGGGUGCCCCUGUCCCUGUCACUACCCAACCAGGCCCUGAGCAGGUGGAGAAACUGGACAAGGAGAGAGUAGAGACCCCCACCUCCAAGGACCCAGUGCCUGUCCCCGCACCAAGGCCACGAGGGCGUCCCAAGAAGACAAGCACGGAGAGGAAGCCGUCAUCAAGGGCUCCCUCCGUGUCCCCCUCACAGUCACCGGAGAAGGCCACCAAGCAGCUCCGAGACUCGCUGAGGGAGAGGAGGUCCACCAAGGCUCCUGACCCAGCAGUCCCUCUCCAGGAGAAGAAAAUAGAGACUGAGCAAGAUGAGCAGCAGCUGAAGAAGAUGCUGGAGAAGGUUGCCACGGGUAUUGGGUGUCGGACGAGGCGGAAACGUGACCUGAGUGAGGAGAGUGUCAGGACGGUGCAGUCGGAAGGAAAAAGACCCAGAAGAAAUGCAGAAGAGGAGAUGGAUGACUGUGAUGCCGUGGUGCUGUCCUCCGAGUCCAUGCCCAGCAGCGAGCCGCCCUCCGGGGACGAGAGCAGCCGCACCCUCACCGGGAACAGGAAGGUCCCACGCUGGAGGAAGAAGUACCUGGUGGCUGGACUGUUCUCGGACUACUACAAGGAUGGAGAGCCUCGAAGGAGAAAUGGAGAAGUAUCCAUGCCCAAGAACAAACUGACCUACGACCCCGAAGAGCACGUCCACGGCCUCCUCCCGCCACCCUGCUACUGCCGCAAGUGGCUGAGAGAGCGGCAGAUUGACUUUGUGCUGCCCUACGACCUGUGGUGGCUGCACGAACACAACAUGCUGCCUGGCCGGGACAUCGUGCCCUCGUGGAACUACAAGAAGAUCAAGAGUAAUGUUUACUACGAUGUCAAACCCAACCAUGACUAUGAAUCCCAAGCCUGCAACUGUAAGCGCCCCGUCAAGCCGGGUGAGCGGGGAUGCGGCGACGACUGCAUCAACAAAAUGAUGCUCAUAGAGUGUUCCUCCCAGACGUGCCCCAUCAGCGACACCUGUGGCAACCAGCCCAUCCAGAGGCAUGAGUACAGGACGUGCCUGCAGCGCUUCAUGACGCCAGAAAAGGGCUGGGGCAUCAGGACCACCGAGUCCCUCAAGGCCGGCACCUUCAUUCUGGAGUACGUCGGGGAGGUGGUGAGCGAGAAGGAGUUUAAGAUCCGGAUGCAGACGAGAUCGCCAGACACCCACCACUACUGCCUCAACCUGGACCGUGGGAUGGUGAUUGAUGGGCACCGCAUGGGGGGUGACUGUCGCUUUGUCAACCACUCCUGCGACCCCAACUGUGAGAUGCAGAAAUGGUAUGUCAAUGGCCAGUACCGCAUGGCUCUGUUUGCCCUCAAGGACAUUGAUUUUGGCACCGAAUUGACUUACGAUUACAACUUUUCCCUCUUCAACCCGGCGGAGGGUCAGGAGUGCAAGUGUGGGUCUGACAACUGCCGUGGGGUGAUCGGAGCCAAGUCCCAGAGAGUGAAUGGCUAUGUUGACGACAAGAAAAAAGCUGCCAAGAAGGAAGUUGGGAAGAAGCGCAAGCGUGGCACAACAUCAGAGCAGGAUAACUAUCUCCCGCGGCCACACAUUACACCGAUGAAGCCACUCUCCCACCAGCAGCAGCUCUUCAUCCUCACCCACAGGUGCUUCCUCAUCCGUAACCUGGAGAAGGUCAAGCGGUCGAGGGAACGCUUGAGUCGCUGCACUGAGAAGAAAGCCGAUGAGGUGUUGGAUGACUCUGAGGAGCCGAGCACAAGGGUGGAAAAGUUCCUGACACACUUCACAGCUCUCAACACUGCGCGAUCUGUCAAGACAAGGCGCCUGGCCCAAGCAGAGGAUGACCCUGAGAUGACCAGACUUGCCAAGUUGGCCCAGAUCUUUAAGGACAUUUAUGACAAACUGGUUGCCUCAAGGGAUGCCAGUGAUAAGCCCCUGGCCACUCCCUUCAUGACACUGCCGUCUAAGAAGAAGUACCCAACCUACUACAUCAGGGUUGGUGAGCCCAUCGACUUGGCUCUGGUGGAGAAGAACAUCCUCACUGGUCACUACAUCACUGCCGAGGCCUUUGACCGAGAUGUCAUGCGCCUUUUUGCCAACAACCUCAGAUUUUUUGGACGAAACACAGAGAUUGGACAGAUGGCCGUGGGCUUGCGGCGAGUUUACAGCGAGUGCAAGCUGCAGUUCAAGCCUUUCUUGGAGGAGGUGCUUGGGGAAGAUGCGCUUCCGGCAGCAUUUGCAAACUCCUCCCCUAAUGAAGAGUUUGAGGAUGAGGAUGUGAUUCGCUGUGUUUGCAACCUGCACCGGGACGAGGGAGUCAUGAUCCAGUGCGAGCGGUGUCUGGUCUGGCAGCACUGUGACUGCAUGGGGGUGACUGACUCCCCGGAACAUUACCUGUGUGAGGAGUGCUCGCCACGCCUCAUCUCCCCGGAGGUGCCCAUGAACCCCCAGCCCCCAGACGCCCCCAAGGACCACAAGUACUUCAUCACACUCCUCAGAGACAAUCUGCAAGUCAAACAAGGGGACAGCGUGUACAUCCUGCGUGACCGUCCGCAGCAGAAGAGUGGGGAGAGGCGGCAGCCAGCGUACCGCCUGGCCAAGGAUGUCAAGCCCCACGACCUUCUGAUAUUCAAAAUUGAGAACCUGUGGAUUGAUGAAAAGGGAGACAAAUUUGCCUUUGGGCACCACUACCUACGGCCACACGAGACAUUCCACGAGCCUUGGCGGAAGUUCUUUUCCAAUGAAGUGAUCCGCUCCCCCUUGUGUGAGAUCUUGCCCCUGGACAUGGUCAUCAACCACUGCUGGGUCCUGGACCUCAACAGCUAUUGUCGGGGCCGGCCCAUUGGUGCACACGAAGACCAUGUGUACGUGUGUGAGUACCGAGUUGACAAGGGUGCGAGGGUCUUCUCCAAGAUCAGCAAACCCAAGUACCCGAUCUGCAUCAAACCUUACGCCUUCAUCACCUUUCCUGAGAAGCUCCGGCCACAGCGCACCUACACGCCACACGAAGUCAUAUCAAACAGUCGGGGCCGCAGUGGCAGCAGCGGUGGCUCCAAGGAAGGCCGCAGUGCGUCCGAGGAGCACAGCAGCGGCAGCAGCCACAGCAGUGCUGGCGGCAACACCAACAGCAGCUCAAGCACAGCCAGUAACAGUACUAACACUUGCCCCAAACCCAGCACUCCUGCAACCAGUAGUGGCACAACCGGGAACAACAGUGACAGCAUCAACAACAACAAUAACAGCAGCAGCAACAACAACAAUAACAACAACAACAACAACAAUAGUAACACAAGCACCGCCAUCAGCAGCAGUAAUAACAACAACAGCAGCAGCAACAACAACAGCAACAGCAGCAACACCACCAGCAGCAAUAGCCUCAACAGCAGCAGUAGCAACAGCACCACCUGUGGCAGCAGCAGCAGGAGCAGCAGGUCUCGGGACAGAGGGGCCGCACCUCCUCCCACUGAUGAGAUUGACGACCACACCCCGCUGGCUACUCGAGCCAAGAAGCGAGUGCGGGUCAACAGUGUGGCCACCAAGCUUCUGGGCCUGCUCCCGGCCAAGGGCGAUAGACCUGAGUUACCUGCUGGAGAACAACAAGAGACAGCAAGAAAACGGCAGCUUUCACUUCCUGAGAUUGGCUCAUAG